UCGCACGCUUACUGCCCCCAAGCGGUGACUAAGUGAAAUGCGAUACAGCACCUUUCUCAGGUGUCCACCGCCGUGUUGAGAGGUAAACAGAUAUCUGACUCAUACUCACGCCGCUGCUCAGAAGAGACCUCGCUCAUGGAGCCCUGACACACUUUCGUUUCCCAGCAUGCAGCAGGAGCUUUGGCUGAGGGCCCUUCCUGAUACCUGCGUGUGCGAUGAGAUCAGCCGCUGCACAAUCACUCCCGAUAAGACCAACCGAGCAAGAACUGAAAAAUGCCAUAUCCAACAGCAUCGCCGGACACAACCACGUCUCCAGCAGACCAGCACAGCCUCGAGCCAAGUCCACCUCAGACACAGUUCAUUGCGGUUCUUUGCAUCAUCAUGGCCAUAAUCGAGAAAAUGCAGAUAAAUGUGAUACUGCCGAGGGUCCCUGGAACCUGAACAACCCAGUGAAAGCCUCGAGGAGCCACCAGGAGCUUCACAAAGAGCUGUUACUGGCCCACAGAAAAGGGCUGGUGGUGUGUGCUAAGCCAGAGCUUCAGAUGGUCCUGGAGAGGAGGAAGAGAGAGAAGACGCAGAAGGAAGAGGGCGAGCAGAGCAGGAGUCCUCUGGAGCAGGUGCUUCUCCAACGCCAGCAGAAGCAUCAGGAGAUGAUGGUCAGCAGCCUCCUAAAUAAGGAGAAGGAAGAGGAGCAGAAGGUACGCGAGGAGGUUCAGCUUUUGGAGUUUGUGCGAGUGCGGCAGAACUUGAAGAAAGUCCACACGGCUCUACAGAAGAACAUUCACUCCUGAAGCAGAUCAUCUGACUAAAGCAAACUUUAUUUGGCCAUCCAGUUUCAUUGUGAAAUAAAGCACACGGUGAUGCGUUGAAACAAUCCUGUUAUUAAUUCUUUUCAUACAUUUUAUCCGGUUGAACAUCAUGUUAAUAGUCCAUUUUAGACGUUGUUCUAAUGAUAAGUAACUUUGCAACUACCUGUCAAAUAACUCUCAUUAGAGGUUUACACCAAAAAAAAGGUUCCAUACAGUUUCUUCAUGCUGUCCCAUCUCAAAUCGGUUACUUAAAAUUAUUUGUUUUUUACAAUUUAAGAGGUUGAACCUAAAACAAUUAAGUUGUUCCGCCAAAAAAACUUUAAAAAAUUAUGUUAUUUUAACUCAUUUUAGGUAAGAUAAUAUUAAUAAUAUUAAUAUGCUGUAGAAUAUUUGCAAACUAUAAAUUUAAGGUUAGUGAAAUAAGCUGACGCAUAGUUGCAAAGUUACUUAUAGUCAGGAGAGUGUCUGUUGUGGAUCUAUUAUGAUAUGAAGUAUAGCAGAUAUUUAAAGGAUUAGUUCACCUCCCAUCCCCCCAAAACAGUCAAUUUCACCCCCUCAUGCUGAACCACCGAAGUCACAUGGAAUGUUUUGACAAUAUUUUUGGUUUCUUUUUCUGGACUUUGAUUGUCUUUUAGUAGUUGCUGUCUAUGGAGGAUGAGGGAGCUCUCUCAUUUCACCUAAACUAUGUUUAUUCUUGUACUGAAGAUGAAUGAAGGUCUCAGAUUUUGGAACCACAUGGGGGUGAGUAAUUAAUAACCUAAUAAUAACUCAUCUGGUGACAAGUAGUUGCAGACUUGCUUGCUGUUAGUAGAUUGUCUAAAGUGUUCAAUAAUAAAGUGUUACAUU